AGCUAGUAGCAUGCCGAUGCCUUCCAUCAUGCUGGAGUAUUUUUGCAAGUGAUUUUUAAAAUAUUUCCUACAGAAGCCUGUUCAAUAUAGCUAGUCGCUUACAUUCGGGCGAGCGGUGCCGAAUCACCAGCGGUGCCGAUUAGCUAUGUGACCGAACGUGUUACUCCGAACAUAGCGAUGCUGCUAUAGCGAAGAUGCAGCACAGCGGCAGCCGGUGAAUUAAAAAAAAAAACAGUAUAGCAAUAUUAAAUGCAUUUUAGUUAUGCAGUAAUUCAGAAUACGUGUUUUUUAUAUAAAGGUUUUGUUAUGUUCGCCGUAUACAGCAAAAGUGGGCCGACGUAUGUGUUGUCUGCUAGAAAAACAAUUACACAGAAAAAUCUACGCAUAUGAAGGGUGGUUUAUGGAGAGCUGCCUGUUGGAACACAGCAAGGUUUUAUUAAUAUUUUGAUAAUCUUACUAAGUCUGAUGCGUAAAUGAGAAGGCGAGCUUGUUUACAUGCUUAAUUGGGAUCGAUUGCAGAUCAUAAAAACACGUUAGAAUGUUUCACUGCUUCCCAAUUAAUUGCAGGAAAUGAACUCCCACGGCAGCCUCUCUGCGCUUCAUGAAAAUGGCAAAGUGAAAAUCUGACCUUAAAUUAGUUUUGUAGUGUUUAUCACGGACUUGCUUUGUGUCGAGCCUGGACCGCGUUUUUGAACUGCUGUUAAGAGCAAUAACAUCGCAGGCAGUGGAUAGACAUUUCGCUACCUCCGACUCAGGAUUAAACAUGGCAAAUCAACCUGUUAUUCUCAACGUUUAUGACAUGUAUUGGAUCAAUGAGUAUACUUCUACUCUGGGUAUAGGAGUCUUCCAUUCAGGCAUCGAGGUCUACGGUAGAGAGUUUGCAUACGGAGGCCACCCAUACCCCUUCAGUGGGAUUUUUGAGAUUACUCCUGGAAAUACUGCUGAGCUUGGAGAAACCUUCAAGUUCAAAGAGGCCAUUGCCUUAGGCACAACAGACUUCACAGAACAUGAUAUAGACAAGAUUAUGGAAGAGCUGGGCAAGGAGUUUAAGGGCAACGCCUACCAUUUAAUGCACAAAAACUGCAACCACUUCUCAUCUUCACUUUCUGAGUUGCUGUGUGGACAAGAAAUUCCUCGUUGGGUGAAUCGACUAGCCUACUUCAGUUCCUGCAUCCCAUUCCUACAAAGCUGCCUACCGAAGGAAUGGCUAACCCCAGCUGCCCUUCAAAGCCAUAUUAGCCUGGGUCUUCAUAAAGAGGAGCAGCUAGAGUCUAGCGAUGAAGAUCUUCCCUCAGCCUCAGGAGCCAGUGUGGCCCCUGGCUCCACGCACAGCUGCCGUCAUACCCGGGUCUAAGCAGCUGGUGACAGUGUUUCUCGGGGCCCGUGCUCUCUAUAGGAUUGCUCUUCCAUUUUUAGACCUGAACUGAGGCUCCAGAGCCUGCCAUGCCUGCAUAGGACAAGCAGGAUGUAUGAACACCCAAAACAAAGAGGCAUGAAAAUUGUAACACAGAGACUGCAAAGGAAAUGCAUAAUUUUUCAUGCACAAGAAUUUUUUGACCCUGCAGAUAAUGAACUUUACAAAACUUUUAUUCAUAUUCUCACAAGUUUCUCGAAAGGUUUAAAGAUCAGCGACAGAUGGUAUAGGCAAACCACAGCUCUGUCUUUAUUUUCUCUAUCUGAGUUUAUUGAAACAAGUGUAGUUUGGUAAAAUUAUGAGAAUAUGUUUACAGUUUCUUGUUUUUGUCAAGACAUGCUCAUAUGGAGUUUGCAUGCUCUCCCUGUUUUUGUGUGAGAUUCCCUUGGGUUCUCCAUCUUCUUCCCGCUGUCUAAAGAAAUGCGGUUAGAUGAAUUGGUGUUUAUAAAUUGUCCAGACCAUGGGAACAUCCCUGAAAUCUAUGAUGCAAUUCAAUUCCAAGCAAGGUCACACAGCCUUUGCUAAAUCCGGUUAUGGGGAAAUCGUCAGUGUCACACUUAUUGCCUUUGUAUCUCCAUACACUUAAAUUGUUACAAGCAAGUUUAUCAUCCAGAAUACAUGUUUGGAAACAGUUGUACUCUCAGGUGAAGAUACAUAUUACUCUCAUAAUCCCAGACAUUACAAAAGCCCUAAGAAUCGAUGCUAAGCAAAUAAGACUAUAAAACUAUACCAAAAUAGUCCUCCAGUAUUUUAACUUAACUGAAAUUUAAAUCAUAAUUAUUUUUAUUAAUGUAUUUAUUUCUUUUUAAUGUUUCAAUGGAAAUGUUCAGUCUAAUCUUUUAUAUUUUAUUUGUGAUGCCAUUAAUGUAUUUUCCUUUUGUACUGUACAGUUUAAAAUAGAUUGAUAUACACCUUACUGGUUUAGAAGACCACCAACAAUUUUAGAAAAUAUACUAAUUAAAAACUUGCAAACAAUAA